GCACUGUUUUGAAACAUUUACUCGGGGUGGAAGGGGGUUAUCCCCUCUUUUAAGUUGAAGAGACAUGAAUCAGAAAAGUCUUUGGGUCGCAUGAAGAACGCUAAUGGGCUUUUAGUUGCGUUUAUCUUAUAAAAAUCAUGGCGAAAACCAAAGAGAAACGCAUUUGGAAGGAAACGUAUGGCGAUUUUCGUUCAGCGCCCGGAGAGUGCAUCAGCGGCAAGAAGGAUCGCGACAAGCCCGAUACUAAGUUUGUGGAUUCAGAAAUUGGCAAAGGACGAUCCGAGAAUUUUAAAAUGACAGAUUCUCAGUCAAUGGGAGGUGUGAAGAAGAAUAAAGUUGUGGAGAAGGGAAGCUUCAAUCAAAAAGACGUCAUGCUGUCAGCAACCCCCUUAUACAGCAACCUUCACAGCUGGAUGAGCACUGAUAGAGUUCGCAUGUGUGGAAUUAAUGAAGAAGGUCGAAAAGUCUCUGUAAGUGAUGGUGAAACACAAAAAAGCAUGAAGCGUUUUGGGAUGAGAGAAGAACAUCAUAUGACCCACAACUUGAGUGUGGUGGAUGCUGCCUCAGUGAGACAAAUUGAUCGACUAAGAGCUACCAGUGGUAUCAUGCAAGAGGAGCUUAGAAACCAUAACGGUAUUAUAUAUCCUACUGCACAUGGGCUAAGAAAUGAAAAAGAACAAGAGGCUGCGGUGGCCAUGACCAGUUUGGGAUUUAUGGCCGAUAGAAUGCCUGAUUUGAAUUAUAAAGUGCAUCCACCAGAAACACUGGAAAAUGGAAGUGGUUGCUCAAAGCCUCAUGAAAGCUUUAGCACACUGUAUAAAUCGCCUGCUGGUCUACAAAGUGCUGCUAGUGCCCGAGGUGAACCACUGGGUUUAGAAGGAUCUUCUGCUGGCAAACAAACUCCAGUAAAUGGAACUGGUCCAAGUUAUUUGCGGCUCCCGUGGGUUAACCCAUACAUAGAGAGCCCACCAUCAGGCAUGUAUUCAUUUGUGGACUCUUCAAGUAAUUACCCAAGGAACAUGUAUAAAACAUGUUUGAUACCUUCACAGAACUCUUUUGGCCUACCGCAGCACAUAACCUAUUCACCAGUCUGUAGUCACAGUGACCGCUUUUUAUACAUACCACCUCCACACUAUGGCUUGCCUCCGAUCCCUUCAUCUCUUCCUUCUCCAUUAAGGAUUACACCAGCUGCAACAUCACCCAUAAUGUCAUCGAUGGUUCACUGUUCUGAAAAAUGCCUUUCCGGGAUAAUGACAGGUAACCCAAGACUACCAGUUGAUCCACACAUUUUGACUCAUCAGAUUUCAAGUAGUAAGAAAACAAGGGUUCCAGUUUCUGAAAAGUCAAAUGCUAGUAGCAUUUCUACUGACCCAGCUGCAUUGUUGCAAUCUCCAAGACCACCUUCCCGGCUUCAGCUAUCCUCAGGGCAGAUUGCUGAGAAUUCUUCUGAAUUUCAGAAGCAUCUUGCUAGGAUAUCUGGCCCUUCUCCUUCAAUGGCACUUCCUCAUGGUUAUUUAAGUCUAAGUAGUGAAUUUACUUCUCCUGUUCGUUCAGUAAAUGGCAAAACCUCAAAACCACCAGAAUCUAGUGAAAACUUCCAGCAAACAGCAACGCAUUCACGAAACACUCAGCCAGAACAAAAAACUGCUAAGUCUCCAUCGCAGCAAGAAAAACAGACAUCCACCAAAGACUGCAAUGAAAAGCCUCUAGAUCUGUCUUCUAAAGUAGGCUGUGGUGAGACCUCAACUGAUCAAGUGUCAAAGACUGAGAGUAUUGAUAAGGUGGUACCUGGAAAAUGGCGAAACAACUCUUCAUUGUCAAGCAAGGAAACACAUUCUGAAGGUUUUUCGACUUCAAUGCAGUGUGAUGUUCCUGUUGAAAGGCCUGCUAUUAUUAAUAAAUUGCACUCAACCUGGGCUAUUCCUAGUACCAGUUCUGCAGGAGACCAUCAAACGAGUAGUAUAUUGGUGAGCAAUAAAACACUAGAGCGUAUAAUUCCACAUCAGCGAAGCUCCUCGUGUCCUAGGAUUGGGAGUUCCAAUGGUUCUGUUACUCAUAUUCCAGGUUCAGUCUCUGCAUUGGGCCGUCCUGCAUCUGCUUCACCGUCGCCAAAUGUUAAUACUGAAUGGGUUCAGUCUGAAAAGGCACAUCGGAAUAAUUCUUCAAAUAAGACAUCUGUCAUUCACCAAACAGGACAGUCCUCCCCAAUACCAAGUAAGCAGCCCACUAAAGGGACCAAAGGAAGCUGUCAAGAUUUUGUGUCGCAUGCAACUGAAAGUGGUCAGUCAUCAGGUUCAAUAUUUCUAACUCCAAAUGAGACUUUUCUAUCCCCACCUUUACCAUAUCCAAAUAGAUAUUUUACAUACUCCACACCAGAAGGAAUCCCAAUUAGCCACCUUCCCUUACCUGAUAAAGGACUUGUAUUUCCCCAUCCUGCCUUAUUACCCAAUGGCAACUUAUACGCAGGAAACUUAGCACCAAAGCACAGACUUUCUUAUAGCAGUUUGCCAACAUGCAGAAGUGAGUACACACUAUUCCACAAUACCCAGAAUUUGAUCAACCCUAUCAUCUCGCCAAACAGUGUUCAGGAAGAAAAACGGAGUGAAGGCGCACAGCGACGAUCCAGAUCACAUGAUCGACUUCGAAGCAGUGAAGAGCCAGUUAACCGAGAGAGACCAGCGGAAAUUUCACAAAAAGUAAAUGCAGACCAGUUGCAUGCUUCAGGAAGAAGUGAACCAUUAUGUCAUAGUCCAAAGAAUCAUGGCAAAACAUUUGCCAAAGAUAAUAAGGACAAACAACUGAUCUUAGAACACAACGAUCAACGGGGUAAAACUGAAGCAAAAACGUCUAAAAAGUGUAUCCCCUCAGAGGGCAAUAACAAACAAAAUUCCACAAAGGAAAGCAGUGAUAAAACAGUUGACUCAGUGGAAGCCAUUUCAAUAGAAGAUGGUAUCCAAAAAGACAGAGAUGCCCAUAAGGGAGUAGAGACCUGUAGCUUAUCACAGAGCCAGUGUUUACCAAAUCAGAAUAUAAACAAAGAAAAUACUUCAGACAGCCAAAGCAAAGAGAGUACAACAGCUCACUUGAUUGCUGGUGUCUCAGAGAAUGAUUCCAUUAUUAACAAUGUUGCCACAUCUUCUGGCAAAACAAAUACAGAGAAGGAAUUUGGUGCUGAAACUGGGCAGUUUUUGGCUCAAUUGAAUCACAGUGAUACCAAAGACAGAAUUGAAGAUCUGGAGGCAACAGCUGCUAAAUUUAUGAAGCCGAAGAAAUCUAAUCUAACAAAACGAAUAGCAAACUCAGCUGGGUAUGUGGGAGAUAAAUUUAAGUGUGUCACAACUGAACUAUAUGCAGACUCCAGCCAACUUAGUCGAGAACAACGAGCACUACAGAUGGAAGGAUUAUCACAAGAGGACAGUAUUUUAAAUCAGCCUGCUGCUUACUGUGAGCGUGCUAUGAUGCGCUUUUCUGAGCUUGAGAUGAAACAGCGGGAUGAUAGUAGGGUAUCUGAGGAUGCAUUAGAGGACAACAAAUUAGGUGACGCUGAAUGGAAAAGCUUCACCGGGAAGAAGGAAAAGAAGUCAAAGGAAGACUCAGAAGAUGAGAUUACAUCAGUAGAAAAUUUUGAUGAAGCCUUCCAAAAGAAACAAAAGAAUGGAUUCCGAGAUUUUAUUCCACUUCUUCUGCAAGUGCAAGCACACAACAAGUCUGAUGAUCUAGAUAGCAAUGCAAAGCACCUAGAUCAGCUGGUUGAAAAUCAUGAAAAUGGAGAAUAUUGGAGUGAUCGUACCAAUGCAGAGAGUUCGACCCUACAGAAAGUAUCCCCAUCUAAUCACGACUUUGAAAAAACUAUACAGGCUCAUCAUCGUGAGGGUGCUAGUUAUAAUUCUGAGCCAGCCUUUGACCAGGAUAGCCAAUAUUGCAAGAAAAUUUUAGGAGGGAACCGAGACAAAAUGAACACUCAUGAAGGACAAUCAGAGAUGAAGGGAUAUAAUGAGACCUGCAUCAAUCGAUCAAUGAUGCCAGAAAUUUUUAAGAUGAAAAGAAAAAGACAAAGUUCCAUUACAGUAGAUGAAUGGACUGAAAAAGAGAUGAAUGAUGAAUCCACGGAUAAUUCAGAAGAUUCGCACUCAAGUGAAGUAACAAACCUAAAAGUGUGCAUUGAACUAACAGGACUCCAUCCACGCAAGCAAAGACAUCUGCAUCAUCUAAGGGCACUCUGGGAGCAGCAAGUGUCUCCCAACAAAUCCUCUCCUUCCAAGACAGAUCGACACAGCAGAAAGGAAUUAGCAGGAGGCAAGGAGUCAGAGAUUAUUGCAAAAGAAAUUAAAGUCAAAGACAGGGCAGAAGAAAAAAGUACCAAGAAAGCAUCAGAUGCCAAGGCAAACAGAAAUGGAUCUGAAGAGACCUUCAAUAGGAAUGACUUCGAGAAAGGUUUUUCUACACCUCCAGUAUCUCCAAGGAAAAAGAUUGCUCUAUCUGGAACAACAAGUACAAGCUGGCAAAUGCAGCAAAACGCCACCAGCACACCACUGUCACGGUUAUCAACUAAAAGACAAAGAAGCAAGGAAGGCCGCAAACUGAGCGUCUUAUGUUCUGGAAAGGAGGAUGACCAUCUUUUUUCGCCAAUCUCACCAAAGUAUUCAAACACUGAAUGGGAAAAACCUUCAGGAAAGCGUCAGUUCAAAACAAAACAUCUAAUACGUCAAGAUAAAAGAAAGUUAUCUUUGACAGCAGAUGACUCAACUGAUAUCGAGAGCUCAGAAGACAAGGCCAGUGUGAUCAGGAACCCCAGAAAACGCCCAGCACUAACUACGGACAUAGAUGGCAUACCAAAGAAAACAUGCGAGCAGAGGUCUUCUGAUCGUUUGUUGCCGAUUUCAUUAAUACUGCAGUCUUCCCAGCCACUGAAUGCACAAACAGUCAGCAGUCCACAGGAGACACCAAUAAAUCGCCCCAUGCCACCAGAAGCACGCAGACUCAUUGUCAAUAAAAAUGCUGGUGAGACUUUGCUGCAAAGAGCAGCACGUCUAGGCUACGAGGAGGUGGUGUUGUACUGUUUAGAAAACAAGGUUUGUGAUGUAAACCAUCAUGAUAAUGCAGGUUAUUGUGCUCUACAUGAAGCCUGUGCUAGAGGAUGGCUCAGCAUUGCAUGUCACCUUCUGGAACAUGGAGCUGAUGUUAACUGCAGUGCCCAGGAUGGAACAAGGCCGAUCCAUGAUGCAGUAGAAAACGAUCACUUGGAAGUGGUUCGACUAUUGCUUUCAUACAGCGCAGAUCCAACACUGGCCACAUACUCUGGUCGAACUAUUCUGAAAAUGGCACAUAGUGAAGUGAUGGAGAUGUUUCUGUCAGCAAUCCUUCUGAUGUGGACAGGGCCCAGGGCAAUGGUCCAAGGGGACGAGAAAGGAUAUCCUCCAUACGUAGACUGUACUCUUGUGCCAUCACUAUGAUGCGUCCAAACAAAGACCUGUCUGCUUUCAAGAUGAUCGCCCUCCCAUUUGAUUUCACUUCUCUCUUCUUAAACAUAUCACUGAAUGUUUUCAGCUUGUUGGUUUUCAUUGGGUCAUGGAAUUUCUUUGCUGGUGGGUCUUCCUCUAGUCUGUCAUCCUUGAAGGUUGCAUAGCAUUGCUCACCAAUUGGAUUCUUGGUGCUCUAGCUCCACAUGACAAAGCUCUGAUUUGUUGCCUUGCACCAUCUCCCUUAACCGUCCCAGGAAUGCACUGCGGUGCUCAGCUGUUAUGUAGUAACGCUUGAUAGCUCCAGCAUUCAGGCUGAACUGUGAUGUGGUAUAUGGUAUGGAAUGACCCCAUCCUGAGAAGAAUGUUGGAGAUUGAAUUGGUGGACUGGUUAGUAUAAUACUAUCCCUCAACGUCAGCAAGACGAAGGAAUUGGCUGUUGACUUCAGAAGGAGUAGUGGACCGCACGACCCAAUUUACAUCGGUGGUGCGCAAGUGGAACGGGUCAGAAGCUUUAAGGUCCUCAGGGUCAAUAUCACAAAUGACCUGACUUGGUCCAACCAAGCAGAGUUCACUGCCAAGAAGGCCCACCAGCGCCUUUACUUCUUGAGAAAACUAAAGAAAUUUGGCCUGUCGCCUAAAACCCUCACUAAUUUUUAUAGAUGCACCGUUGAAGGCAUUCUUCUAGGGUGCAUCACAACCUGGUAUGGAAGUUGUCCUGUCCAAGACCGAAAGAAGCUGCAGAAGAUUGUGAACACGGCACAGCACAUCACAGAAACCAAUCUUCCGUCCAUGGACUCACUUUACACCGCACGCUGUCGGAGCAGUGCUGCCAGGAUAAUCAAGGACACGACCCACCCAGCCAAAACACUUUUCGUCCCUCUUCCCUCCAGGAGAAGGUUCAGGAGCUUGAAGACUGGUACGGCCAGAUUUGGGAACAGCUUCUUUUCAACUGUGAUAAGACUGCUGAACGGACCCUGACCCGGAUCUGGGCCGUACCCUCCAAAUAUCCGGACCUGCCUCUCGGUUUUUUUGCACUACCUUACUUCCCAUUUUUCUAUUUUCUAUUUAUGAAUUAUAAUAUAAAUUUUUAAUAUUUACCAAUUGUAACUAUUUUUAAUAUUUAAUAUUUGUAAUCCAGGGAGUGUGAAGCGCAGAUUCAGAUAUCACUGUGAUGAUUGUACGUUCUAGUACCAAUUGUUUGGUGACAAUAAAGUAUAAAGUAUCUAAAGAAGCACUCUUUGUGCUUCCAGGCAAUUUCAGUGGCUUUUGCAUAAAGUGCUUGAUCCAUGACUACCACAGUUGUUUCUCAAUGAAGUUCCUUCCUGAUUAGCUGUUAUUGGUUCAGGAUUUCAAAUACUGUGGUCAACUCUGUGGCUGGUGAAUUGAUACCCAACAAUAUCUUGUGAGAUUUGUUCUUGGUCCCUGGUGCUGAUAUUAAAGCCAGUCUAGCUUGGGAUUGUCGGAUUCUCUGGAUCUGUUUGCCUUGCAAGUGUCCACACCAGGUUCUUCUUGCAGGCAAAAAGAGCAGCUUCCUUGGUUUCCUGGACACAGUGUUCCCUGGUUGGGAGAGGCUGUGGGCCCGCACGUGUACCUGCUACAUAUACUUCCAGUUCUUGGUCCUCAAUGGUGACUGAUCUCUGCUUCAGUUUCUCACUGUGUGGAAGCUCAGCUCUUGGCAGAUGUGGUCCAUAGAUAUUGGCCUGUACUAUUAUGCCAUUGACUCUAUAUGAAUGUACCCUUUCCAGUGAGAGUUUCCUCAAGUCUAUCAAUAUUGUCCCAUGCAAGAUUGGUGAAGACAUGAGGCUUGAUGGAGGCAGAAAACUACCACCGCUGCAAUGCUACCACAUAUUUUCUAGCACUAGGGGUGUAUGCCUUGUCAAAAAUCACUAUAAGAAUUAUUCCCCCCAGAUGGUACCGGUGGCCCAAAUUUGGGGUCCUGACUCACGGACUAGUAGCGUCUGUGGAAAGUACUAGUUAAUGUUUCAGGACCGAGGCAUUUCACCAGACAAGUUCGAUCUUGAUGAAGGGCUUUGGACCUACAUUAACCUGAACUAAGUUUUUCCAGCAGUCUUGUUCACAGAGUAGGGCCUGAUUGGUUAGGGGGAUGUAAAUUACUCAACCAAGGCUAACUUAAGCUGGUCAUUUACUUAAUUGCUAUGUUUGAGACCUCACUUUUUAUAGGAAUUACCUAGGGUGAUUGCUGUAGUAAAAUGCAGUAGGUGGAGGAUGGUUAUAUUCAAAUGAUCUGGAUGAAAUCAAUCAUAGUUACUUAGACCAAUACAACUUGAUUUCCUUGCUAUCUAGGAACAGCAUUACCAACCUCUGGCAUAUGGGCCAGAAAUAUUGAAAAAAAGCUGAAUCAGACUGAAAAAAGUUACUUCCUAUAGACGCAUCUCUAAACAUAAACAAAGAAUAUUGCAGCACAGGAACAGGACUUUCAGCUCACAUUUGCACUGAACAUAAUGCUGAAUUAAACUAAUUCUCUUAUACUUAUAAAUGAUCCAUAUCCCUCCAUUGCCUGCAUAUACAAUCUGCAAAAGAAAUGGGGGAUUUUGCCCAGUUGAUGUUAGGAAUGACUCAGCUUAAGCUAGCUGUUAUUUUAAUAGAUACUAACACAACUAUCUUCUAUUAUGCAAAGAUUCAUGAUUUGCAUUGAAAAGCUUUUAAAAUAACCAGGCACAUUUGCCUAAAUAUGUAAAGGGGGUGGCAGCACACAAAUAAUAAAAUACAUGAUAUCCUUGUAUUGAACCUUAGCCUGCUCAAAAGUUGUAAUUGCAGGAAAUCCUGGAAAAUGAGUAAAUCCAGUCUGAUAACAUUGAGAAGCUGAUUCAAUAUAGUUAAUCAGUUAUCAGUUAGAUCUACUAAAUGUACACCCAUAAAUACAUACUCUGUUUAAAACUCUUCAUAGUUGAUUUAAAUAGGUUAUGUUCAUUUAAUCGUUUAAAUACAAAACAAUUUCAUUAUCUAAAUAAAAUAAAGCAU